AGCUUCCCUUCUCCAUCUUGUCGCAUCUCCCGCGACGAAUCACUAUUCAAUCCUUAGAUGGUGCAAACAAUCCUGCUCGAUGCGAUUUAACUUUUAGAUACCCACGAGCGAUCUCGUCUUCGAACGCUCGAACGCAUUCCUCCCUAUCUUACUUUAUCGCCAUCGGAGCUCUUCCGAAGUUGACCGUCUCUACCAAAUCUCAACAUGAGUAAACGUUACGCCUUCGUCCCUAUGGACGAGGAUGAAGUCGGCCCGCAGAAGGUUGAAAAGAAGUCCAAACACCGGCGACGCGAAGAAUCCGGGAAAUCAAGUUCACAUCGCGACUCCCAUCGCAAAUCGCAUCGUACCCGAAGCCGGAGUCGCAGCCGAAGUCGAUCACCUCAUCGGGAUUCACAUAGACAUAAAUCGAAAACAAUACGGAAACGAGAUCAAGAUGACUUCGAUGAUAGGUGGGGCGAUGAGGAGCCAGGUAGCGAGCCAGAGCUAUCAGACGACGGACGCGAUGAGGAACCCGAAUUCAAAGAGUCGGCUCCGAAACGCGUGAAGCUAAGUCACGACGAACGCGAACGGGAGGACGAUCGCGCCGAAUCUGAUACCGAACGUGAUAUCGCCGAGAGAGAAGCUUUCGCCAAGCGCCUCAAGGAACGAGAUGGCGGGAAGACGAAAACUGAAGGCAAAGCUGAGAGGGAACGGAAGCGAUUAGCUGAAGAGUUUGCCAAUAAUAGGGCGGCUAUGCCGGACUUGCGCGAACGUUCUAGGCAAGAUUAUCUAAAGAAGAGAGAGGCGGAAAGAUUAGCUUUAUUGCGAAAACAGGUUGCGGAGGAGACGGCGGAGUUGAACAGUGGUGUACGGUUGUCCGAGAAAGAAAGGGCGGAAUUUGCGAAAAAUCGAGAAGUAUUACGUUUGGCCGAAGAGCGAUUACGGAUCGAUGAUCACCGCGACGGUUAUUAUAUGCCGGAGGACUACAUUACGGAGAAAGGAAAGAUAGAUAGGAAGCGAAAAGAGGAUGCCCUAUAUAAGCGAUACGUCGAAAGGGAUGAAUACGGCCAGGAGAAAUUCGUCACAGAACAUGAGGAAUGGGAGAGGGAACAAACACAAAAAGCAAAGGCCCAAAUCAACAGGGCCGAAAGAGAGUACGAAGGAGACUAUGCUCCUGUUUUGGACCCGGAGCAGUAUAUCCAAUGGAAUUUGGGUUCGACAUUGGCGGGUGAAGGCAAGACAUUAACGAAGGAGCAGAGAUUCUUGGAAGCGCAAAUCGAAGCAGCGGAAAAGAAAGCUCUUUCUAUCCAGGAGACUCGAAAAAGUCUACCUAUAUACAAGUACCGCGACGAAUUUAUCGCGGCCAUCGAUCAAUACCAAAUUCUCGUCCUUGUUGGUGAGACUGGUAGCGGAAAAACUACGCAGUUACCCCAAUAUCUACACGAGGCCGGUUAUACAAAGGAUGGUCGUAAAGUCGGGUGUACUCAGCCUCGAAGAGUUGCAGCUAUGAGUGUAGCAGCUCGAGUUGCGGAAGAAAUGGGUGUUAAGGUCGGAAACGAAGUUGGCUACUCUAUUCGAUUCGAGGAUUCGACUAGCGACAAAACCAUUCUGAAGUACAUGACCGACGCUCACGAACGGACUGUCCAUACCGAUAUUCUACUUGCUCUGGUCAAGGAUUUGGCUAGGGAACGGCCAGAUUUGAAAUUGCUUAUCUCGUCGGCCACAAUGAACGCGGAGAAAUUCGCGAAGUAUUUCGAUGAUGCGCCUAUCUUUAAUAUUCCAGGACGAAGGUAUCCCGUUGAUAUUUAUUAUACCCCUGCGCCGGAAGCGAAUUACUUAAUGGCGGCUAUUACGACCGUCUUCCAAAUCCAUACUUCUCAAAGAAAAGGAGAUAUCUUAGUAUUUUUAACAGGUCAAGACGAAAUUGAAGCAGCGGAACAGCAAUUAACGGAGACGGCAAGGAAACUAGGGAAUCGGGUGAAGGAAUUGAUCGUGUGUCCCAUUUACGCCAAUCUUCCUUCAGAUCUCCAAAGCAAGAUAUUCGAACCCACUCCCGACGGUGCGCGCAAGGUUGUGUUGGCUACCAAUAUUGCCGAGACAAGUUUGACGAUUGAUGGUAUUACCUACGUGAUCGACCCUGGAUAUGUGAAGGAAAAUGUCUAUAAUCCAGCGACAGGCAUGUCAAAUCUAGUUGUUGUUCCUUGUUCACGAGCCUCUGCGAAUCAACGUAGCGGUCGCGCUGGUCGUGUUGGCCCUGGAAAGUGCUUCCGACUAUACACCAGAUAUGCCUACAUGAACGAGAUGGACGAAUCAACUACUCCCGAAAUUCAAAGGACGAACCUCAACGGCGUUGUGUUGUUACUGAAAUCUCUCGGUAUCAACCAACUUCUUGAAUUCGAAUUCAUGGAUCCACCUCCCACCGAAUCUCUAAUUGGAGCCCUGAACCAGCUUUUCGCAUUACAAGCUUUGAAUCACAAGGGUGAACUCACCAAAGUCGGUAGACAAAUGGCUGAAUUCCCUACAGAACCGAUGCUUGCGAAAGCUGUCCUUGCCGCAGACAAAUUCAAGUGUGUCGAUGAGGUACUAUCAAUAGUGGCGAUGUUAAGCGAAGCGUCGGCGCUAUUCUUCCGACCAAAAGACAAGAAAAUCCACGCCGACAGCGCUCGCAACCGAUUCACCGUCAAGGAAGGUGGCGACCACCUAACACUCCUCAACAUCUGGAAUCAAUGGGUCGAUAGUGACUUUUCACCUAUCUGGGCGCGCGAAAACUUCCUGCAACAGCGCUCGCUGACUCGUGCCCGCGAUGUGCGCGAUCAACUUGCCAAACUCUGCGAGCGUGUCGAGGUUGCACCAUCAACCUGUGGCGCCGCCAAUAUCGACCCAAUUAAGAAAGCACUAACAGCCGGCUUCUUCCCGAAUGCGGCCAAGUUACAACGUACCGGAGAUAGCUACCGCACGGUCAAGAACAACACGACAGUUUGGAUCCAUCCUAGCUCUGUUCUUAUGAAAUCGGAUCCACCGGAGAAGAUGGUAAUUUAUUACGAAUUAGUGCUUACGAAUAAGGAGUAUAUGAGAAGUUGUAUGCCAAUUAAGCCUGGUUGGUUGAAUGAAGUCGCGCCGCAUUUCCAUAAAAAGAAGGAUAUUGAGGAAUUAGAAGAGAAGAAGAUGCCUAAGCAGAGGGGGAAUUAGGAUCGAUAAUGACGAAAUGUUUGGUCUAUUGGGCGGUUUUGGGUACGUCUAAGUAUGUAUAGAUAUAGCACCGUCCGGGGUGGGGGGAGUCCAGGUAUAUCAUUACCGACGUGACCUGCUAGAUUUUAACGUCUACCUAGAUCAUCGCAGCGUCGCGUUUGGUCAGCUUAAAUAAAACAAAAUCGCACCGAAACUCAGUUUUAUAGUCCAG